AUGACAAUUAACGGAUGGGAUAAGGUGGUGGGAGUAUUCAGGCGGACUCACCUUCUUGCUCUCUGUAUCGCUUCUGCUGGAAUUCUAUGCGGUGCACUUUGCUGUGCUGAUGCACUGUUGAUCUUCCCCUGCAAGGCCAUGCUCUUCCCUUCAUCCGCCAUCAUUCCUCAGCCUUUCCUUUGUAUCCAUGGGUCGGGCUGGAUCAAGUCUCUCGUUUUGGGGAAAGUAGCUUUUGAGUUCCGUAUAUCAUAG